UUUAUUUCUUAACCGCUCCACAUUGUUUUCUUCUCACUUCUCUUUCUCUCUCUUUCAUUCUCUUAAAUUUUCCACCAAGAAAGAAAAACCCACAAACACUAAUGCACAGGUUAUUAUAAUCUUUGAUAUACCCUUUUAUCCAAUCUUUUCUCCUAUUCCAAAGUUUUUUUUUUUUGGGUCAAUGGGGAAAGUGAAACAAGAAGCUGAGGAUCUGAAAUCCCAGUUGGUAUCAAAGAUUUGCUCCAUGUCAACACGCUCAGUUGGCUGCGUUCACAAGAAUAUUGUUAACAACCGUUGCAGCCAAUCUUCUUCCAAAUCACAUUUCAUUGAUUGGUAUCGUCUACUUGGUGUAGAAGAAUCUUCCGGUAUUGAUGUUAUCAGGAAGAAAUACCAUAAACUUGCUUUGCAACUUCAUCCAGAUAAGAACAAACAUCCAAAGGCUGAAAUUGCUUUCAAGCUUGUCUCAGAGGCCUAUGCAUGUCUCACAGACCAUGCAAAAAGAAGAGCUUUUGACUUGGAGAGAUGGAAGAAUUUCUGCUUUCAAUGCAACACAAUCCCCUAUACUAGUAAAAUUUCUGCUCCUCCUACUACCAAGUCCAAUGCUUUUGCUCAAAAAGGCAAUGCUACAAAUUGGUCAAGAUCUUAUAAGAUUCUUCGAGGUUUGAAAGACAUGAAAGACAGAUUCAGAGAGGAAGCAAAAGUGAUAGAGAAUUGCUUGAGAACUAAUGCAGCAUCAAAGAAAGAAUCCUCACUGUUUAGUCCAUCUGAUUAUAUGUUCCGGAGCAACUCUCAAAGAGAAUCCCCUGUUUUUAAUCCAUCUGACUAUGUAUUUCAAGGCUAUCCACACUUGAGAACCAGAAUUCAGAAGAAACCAGACAGGUUUUGUUACUUGCAAGCUGGACAUUUUGUGAAUUGUGAACCAAGAACGGAGUAUUUUCAUGACUCUCCAAUCUUUGAGGUUAGAUCAGAAAGUGCUAGUUUUAGAAGCAAAUCUGCUUGUGUUUAUUCAUAAUAGCUCAAGGGAACAGAACUUUUAGUUUCAAAUAAAAAAGUAAAAAGUUCCCACCAAAAUUAAUAAAAAGUAAAAAGCAUUAUUGUUUUGUUCUGAGUUUCUUAUUCAUUAUUAUAAAUGCUUGUUCUUUUUCCUGAUCUAUUUCAAGAUCCUCUUUCAUAUGUAUUUCGAAGUUUUUCUAAUUUUUGUAAACUUGUACUCUUCAAGAUUUCAACAAUCAAACAAAGUACUUACUGGAAACAUCAAAUGAUGUAAAAAUUCAUACUUACUUGAAACAUCAAAUGAUGUAAAAAUUCAUACAUUUUCAGCCCCUUUUUUUUCAUGAAAAUUGUUAAUUUUUUUUAAAAAAUAAUAAUUACCAACAAUGCUUUGAAGAAAGUGUAAAAACCAUAUAGGCCCAUCUUCUAGCCAAACAUUUCUCACUAAGUUCACAAGCAAGGCAAAAACCAUAUGGACCAAAAUUGUAAUGAAAAAGCAGCUGGCAAUUAAUUGGUGGCUAACUAAAUGUAUUUUAGAUGAAAUAUAAUCCGACAUAAAAUCAGGAAGAAUUCGAACCACUUAUUUCUACAUAGUUUUUUUAAAAAAAUUUUGACACACGGUAAAAAUAAUAAUAAAAAAUUAAAAUAUUAAAUCACAUUAACUAUUUUAAAAUUAUAUCAAUAAUUUUGCUAUGUAUCAAAAACCUAUAGAAAGACUAAUAGAAAUAGAUGGUUUUGAAACCACAUUAUUUUUUUUUUCCAUAUAAUUUCCUAAUGUUUAGGCAAAUUAUGUUUAGUACCUUAAAGUUUUAAAACAAGAAUGACAUUUUUGGUUUUCUUAGGUGUAAAAAAACAUAAAAAUAAAAAGAAAGACCACAUUGUUUUUUGAAAAUUGUUAUUUUCUUUCCAACAUUGUCUUUCUUCCUUAUCUAUUUCAAGAUCCACUUUCGCAUAUACUACCAAGUUUAUCAAUUCCUCUUUUUUUUUUUUCUUUUUUUUUUCUUUUUUUUUUCUUUUUUUUUUUUUGGGGGGGGGGGGGGGGGGGGGGGGGGGUA